UUGCAAUAAAUUGCCAUUUUAACCAUUCACAAUAGAAAAUCUGAAUAUUGUAACGAAAAUGGUACUAGAACAUACUAGAAUUGAAAAUCGAAUCAAUAACUUGCCAGAUUUAUCCAGACAUCGAUAUUGCAAGAAUGUUCGAGUGGCAAUGUAUUGCUAACAAUCGAUUAUAUAAUACGCUAGACAGACGGCAGAGUUAACUCGGAUUAACUGCGCUUUUAAUCAGUUCGAAUUUUUUGGGUGAUAGGCGGCAGCAAAGCGAGUUAUAAACUCCCAUAACAGCUGAGUGGCAAUAAUAUUUCCAUUUUGGUGAAAUAAAUUGGAUAGAAAGGAAAUAUUGCGGUUGUUAGCCGCACAAUUAGUACAAAAUCACUAAUUAUUGAAAAAAUAUACAUAAAUACGUUAUUAUUAAAACUUCCAUUUUAGAAAAAAUUAGCAUGCGUAUGGUUUUGUUUACGUUUAGUUGAAAAAUGGCUGUCAGUAUUGGAUAUUUUCAUUCACAAUAGAUAAAAAGCGGCCAUGUUUAACAAUGUUGUCAACGAAAAUGCCACGAACUCCCACUAACUCUCUAAAAUUUUGAUGAUUAAAUGGGAGUUAGCAAACGGAGUUAACUGAGAUAACUCUCGAAUUAACCUCGAUUAAAGCAGUUAACCCGAAUUAACGACGCCGUCUGUCAGGGGUAUAAGGGCUGCCGAACUGGCAGCAAGACACAUUUCUAAUAAGAGAGUUGUCGAGUAUGGACAAUUCUAAAGAGAGAGUUGACGAGCAAAAAGUAAACAAGUUAUAAGUUAGAGUUGUAAAGUAGAGUAUUGAGUAAUAAAGUGUUAAGUUAUAAGGAAUUAGAAAUAAAGAUUAGUGAAUAGCCAUUAAAGUUUGACUUUUAUUUGGCAAUCCAGGGAUCGAACUCAGGGUAGAGUUUCAGCGGUAACGAUAGAUUUUGGAAAUCCGUUACAAUACGUUCUCUGGAUAGCGAGCAGAGGAAUGAUAAAACUAAGACAGCUGAUAUAAAAUUGUCUACGCUAAUUAUCUACGCUAGAUUGUAUCCACUAUUAAAACUUUUAUUUCGAACUUUUUAAGGGAUACAAAAAUUUCGUUUUUUAUUUGAGUUGGAGUCCCUAAUUUUUCUUUUCCGAUUCUAGUCUCUUCGUCGCCCCCUCUCCUAUAAACUAGGAAUUGCCGCAACAGGAGUUGACACGUUUGAAACAGCUCUAAGCUGUAAAAACAACGAAGGAAAAAGUCGGUAUAUUAACUGCUGAUAGCUGCUGGCUUUUUGGAAGAGAAAGAAUGUCCAAAAUAAUAGCCUUCCGAGUGCUGAAUGAAUAUUUAAUAUUAAUUUUAAUAAACAAAAGAAAUAAAUCAAAGUAAACGCUCAAAGCAGUCCUGAUUUACGCAUUCAUUCAACAGCUGUUUCUACAUGUGACGGCUGCUAGCGAAAAUUCCACCAGCAGAAACAAACAGCUCUCAUGCGAUCAACUGCGCUAUCUUCUGCUAGUUUCUGCUAAUAUUUUUAGUAAGAAAACGUUUUUCCAGCUGAAACUUGACAAAUUGUCACUUGCCAGUAGAUAGUAUACAGAGCUAAAGAUUGUUUGGAACAAAAUGGAUUCAAAAAUUAAGAUACUUAUAAUUGGUGACGUACGCGGUCGAUUUCGACAACUUUUUCAACGCGUAGAAAGUAUAAACAAAAAAGCCGGCCCCUUUGAAAUCAUAUUUUGUGUUGGUGAGUUUUUUGGCACAGUAGAACAAAAUGAUGAACUGAUUGCUUACAAAAAUAGGAAUAAAUCGGUGCACGUGCCUACGUAUAUCCUUGGACCGUGUUCAAAGGAAACCGUACGUUUUUACAAUGACAUAAAAGAUGGGGAAAUAUGUGUUAAUUUAACGUACUUGGGCAAACGUGGGUUGUAUACUCUUACCUCUGGGGUGAAAGUAGCUUACUUAAGUGGGCUUGAGAAAGUUAGUGGUCACAAUCCUGAAGAUGAGAAACAGAUUUUCUAUGACAAAGAUGACGUUUUAUCUCUACGUAAUUCAUGUGUUGCUAGUAAAACAUCUUCCUCGGACUAUAAAGGUGUGGAUAUUCUGCUCACUUCACAAUACCCAUACGGCAUAACCGAUAAUCAUGAAAACGCUUCUAAGUUAAUAUCAUUUUUAUGUAAGGAAAUCAAGCCCCGCUACCAUUUUUGUGGACUUAGCAGCAAGUAUUACGAGCCACCUCCAUUUAGAAUACCAUCUGAUCAGCUUACUCCAUUAGAACUUUGUACUCGUUUUAUUUCUCUGGCGGAGGUCGGCAAUACUGCUAAAGAAAAAUAUAUUUAUGCCUUAAGUUUAACGCCAGUGGAGAAAAUGCGUGUUUUGGAGUUGAUACAAAAAACCACAAAUGAAACUAAAUGCCCAUUUAUUGGUAUAAACAUCCAUGAUUUCACGGGACAUGAUGGGGAAUCGGAAAAUAAACAGUAUUUCUAUGACAUGAAUAUUGUGGGAGAUGAUAAUAGAAAGCGGUCUGGAGGUGGCGGUCAACGUCAUGACAAACGCCCAAGAAUUAUGAAUAUAGAUCAAGAAAAAUGUUGGUUCUGUUUAUCAUCAUCCGAUGUGGAAAAACAUUUAGUAAUUUCCAUUGGAGAGAAUUUUUAUUUAGCUCUUGCUAAAGGACCAAUCAACGAAUUCCAUGUUCUUAUUAUGUCAAUAACUCAUAUUUCUUCGGCAUCAUUAUUAUCUGAUGACGAUUGGAAGGAAUUAUCGAAAUUUAAAAAGGCACUACGGUACUUAUUUAAAUCGUACGGACAAAUUGUUUGCUUCACUGAACGUCACUACAAGUCAUCACAUCUGCAAAUUAAUGCGCUCGGUAUUGACGAAGGUUAUGCGUGGAAGAUUAAACAUGCGUUCGAAGAUAAAGCGGAGGAGUUCAAUUUACAAUUCGAAACUCUACCUGCACUUACUUCAUCCCAAAUGUUGCCACAACAAGGGCCCUAUUUUGUAGCAGAACUACCAGAUGAAAGCACGUUAAUUACACGACAAAUGAAACAUUUUCCACUGCACUUUGCACGUGAUGUCUUUUGCUCGGAGAACCUGCUAAAUUGUGAGGAAAAAGUAGAUUGGAAAGAUUGCAAACUGGAUAAAGAUAAAGAAAUUGAAAUGGUCAAAAAUUUUCGUAAAAAGUUUCAAAAGUACGACUUUACUCUUUAAGUUAUUACAAUGGUUUUAAAUAUAUUUCAAAUUUAGUAAUGUACUAAUAAUUUACCCGAACAAAUCAUUUUUCUUUAUUUCAUAAUAGCCACAUUCUUUUAUAACCUUUGACUGUGUUUGAAUAUAAUUUUGUAGAAUUUCGAUGGAAGCGUAGGGACUUGCUUACAUAUGUGUUUGGAAUAUUGAGGUACAUAUCUUUACAUAAAUUAAUGUGACCAUCACGUACUCUGUUCAUUAUGUUGUAACCAAAUAUCCAGAAUAAAGGAGACAAUUAGAUUCGUAAAUAUUAUUGAUCUCAUGAAACACUCAAAAUUUAAAUAGAGCUGACUUUACGUGACCCAGUCAGUCAGUCAGUAGAAUUUAAACAAACUCUCAACAAACCUGGCAUCACUGAUUCCUUCAAACGUAGACAAACUCGUGUGAAAGUCAUUGACCUCGUUCAAAAUGUAAACAAACUCCUAUUUCAACGAAUUUGGGCCAUAUAUAAGAGUUUUUUUUUUAAUUUAAACGAUUAUAUAAGAAAAAAAUGUUGAAUAAUAUUAUUCAAAGUAUUGCCCAUCUGUAGCUUUAACACUUUCCCAUCUUUCUGACUAUUUAUGGAUUCCGUCGGUCUGAUGAUUUUUUGCGUUCCGAGCACAGUUCGAUGCAAAAACGACUUAUUGUUAAGGGCCGAGCCCACGCCCAUCUUACUCAUAUUAGGAGAGUGUUUCAUUAAGAUAUCUUAAUAUCUACGGACAGACGGACAGAAGAAUAUACGUACAUAUGUACAUCCGAAACGUUUAAUAAUGCAAAUGUAUUUAUUUGUGGAACCCGUUUUCAAUUAUAUAUGUACAUAUUAAACGUAAAUAGCGUGAUUACAAUUACUUAACUCCUCUAUUGCAGACAUAAUUAAGACAUUCUAAAAACACUUCACGUAACAUCAGAACCGGUGUUUGAUUAAUUUGCAUUUUUAU